AUGGGGCAUAAGAAGCGAAAUCUCGCUCCACGCUCCAAAUCCUCACAGACACCGUCCGAGGCGGCUCCGUCAACUGCAAUCGUUGCUGUCGACGGUGGUGCAGCGUUUUCGGAUAAUAUACAAAAUUCCACCACGUAUAUAGCUGAAAAAACCGAGGCCCUAAAUUUGGAAAGUAAGAACGAUGCAAAUCCUUCAUCGUAUAGUACAAUCAAGUUCGAAUGUGAGAAGGCACUCACGACACUGCGGCGGGGGAACCAUACCAAAGCCCUAAGGUUGAUGAAGGAUUUAUGCUCUAAACACGAGAAUUCCCCUCACUCGGCUUUGAUUCACCGUGUUCAGGGGACUGUGUGUGUGAAAGUGGCCUUGAUUAUUGACGACCCGAAUGCCAAACAGCGGCAUUUGAAGAAUGCGAUUGAGAGUGCGAGGAAAGCCAUGACUUUGUCCCCGAAUUCUAUUGAGUUUGCUCAUUUUUAUGCGAAUUUGUUAUAUGAGGCGGCAAAUGAGGGAAAGGAGUACGAGGAGGUGGUGCAAGAGUGUGAGAGGGCAUUGGCAAUUGAGAACCCUGUGGACCCUGCCAAGGAGAGCCUGCAAGAGGAGAGCCAGCAGAAGUUCUCCACAUCCGAGGCUCGGGUUGCCCAUGUGCAAAGUGAGCUUAAAUCUUUAAUUCAGAAGUCGAACAUUGCAUCAAUUUCAACAUGGAUGAAGAAUUUAGGCAAUGGGGAGGAGAAGUUUCGUUUGAUUCCAAUAAGGAGGGCGGCGGAGGACCCAAUGGAAUUGAGAUUGGUGCAGGCAAGAAGGCCAAAUGAGAUUAAGAAGGCAACUAAGACUCCUGAGGAACGACGGAAGGAGAUUGAGGUGAGGGUAGCCGCAGCUCGGCUUUUACAGCAGAAGUCCGAGUCUCCCCAGUUGGGAAAUGGGGAAAAUAGUAACAAAUUGUUGGAUUCUGGUUCUGGGUUGGGGCAGAGAGUGGCAGAAAGAAGGAAAAAUGGGAAUGUGAGGAAAAAUUCGUCUUCGGCUGAGAGAAGGGACUGGGUCCGUUCAUAUUGGAACUCGACAAGUUUGGAUGGGAAGAAAGAGUUGCUUAGAGUUAGAAUAUUGGAUCUCAAAGCUCAUUUUAGUCUGUCAAAGGACUCGUCUGCAAGCGAGGUGCUUAACGAAGCUUUAUCUUUUGGUGAAUCAAACAAAGUAUGGAAAUUUUGGAAGUGCUGCCGCUGCAACGAGAAAUUUGCCAAUGCAGAGUUGUACAUGCAGCAUGUCGUGCAGGAGCAUAUGGGGACUUUGAUACCCGAAAUGCAAAUGAUUUUACCCCAAGCUGUUGAGAAUGAGUGGGCCGAGAUGCUUCUUGACUGUUCUUGGAAACCAUUGGAUUUAACUGCUGCAAGUAGGAUGCUCGAAAAACAGUCAAAAUCUGAGGUACCUGAUUUUCAUGAAGACUCGUACACAAGAAAUGACUCAGAUGAUUCCAAAGAAUGUUUUGUUGACUCUUACUGCAGUGAAUUUGAAUGGGAGUCAUCAAUUGGAAAGAAGAAAUUGGGUGAUAAUUGCAAUGGUAGUACCGAGGAGAGCAGGGAAUUUGAAGAUGUUGAGUGGAUGCAUUGUAAUGGUGAUCAAGGCAGUAAGGAAAUUCUCAAUAAUGAAAAAUGGCCUUUGUCUGAUGAUCCUGAGCGUGCAAAGCUUCUUGAAAAAAUCCAUGCCAUAUUUCAGGCUCUUAUCAAACAGAAGUAUCUUGCUUCAAGUCAUCUUAGGAAGGUUAUUCACUUUGCCGUGGAGAAGCUGCAGGGUGUCUUUGGUUCUCAACUUUUUAAUUCCAAUGUGGACCAAACACCUCUGUGCAUAUGCUUUUUAGGGGCUUCAGAGCUCAAGAAAAUCUUGAAAUUUUUGCAGGAAAUUUCUCAUUCUUGCGGACCAGGAAGAUAUUCUGAUAGAAAUAAUCCCACAAGUGAUUUAAACAGCGGCAUGCAUGAUGUUGACCUGGAGACAUUAAUUAUUAGUCCAGAUGCUUCAUUUUUGGUGCUUGAUGAGCAUUUUCUUCCCUGCAAGCUCUCUCCCUCAUCAUGCGAUGAUGCUGAUAGUAAUGGUUCUAGUGCAGCAAUUGCAUCAUGUGUUAACUUUGAGAAUGGCGUUGUACUUGAUUCAGAUGCAUUACUAUCUUGGAUAUUUACUAGUCCCUCGAGUGGGGAACAAUUGGCAUCGUGGAAACGUGCAAGAGAAGAGAAAGUACAGCAAGGUAUGGAAAUUCUUCAGUUGCUUGAGAAGGAAUUUUACCAUCUUCAGGGCUUGUGUGAGAGAAAAUGUGAGCAUUCAAGUUAUGAGGAGGCGUUGCAGGCUGUGGAGGAUUUUUGUUUGGAAGAGGGCAAGAAAGGAGAUCAUAUUACGGAUUUUGUUCGCCAAAGUUAUGACUCUGUCCUGAGGAAGCGUCGAGAAGAACUUGUUGAGCGUGACAAUGAAAUGACCACAAUCAGCAAUAGGUUCGAGUUGGACGCAAUCACAAAUGUUUUAAAGGAUGCUGAAUCCUUGAAUGCCAACCAGUUUGGCUUUGAGGAGACUUAUACUGGUGUGACGUCUCAUCUUUGUGACAUAGAAUCUGGUGAAGAUGACGACUGGAGAAUGAAAGACUAUUUGCAUCAGGUGGACUCUUGCAUAGAAGUUGCAAUACAGAGACAGAAGGAACAAGUUUCUAUUGAGCUAAGCAAAAUUGAUGCAAGAAUCAUGCGAAUUAUGACGGCGAUGCACCAGUUCAAAGUUAAGCUUGAGCCUGCAGCUGCCGAUGAUUUUCAAACAAUCUUAGUGCCUCUAGUGAAAUCAUUUUUGCGGGCACAACUGGAGGAUAUGGCGGAGAAAGAUGCCACAGAGAAAUCUGAUGCAGCCAGAGAAGCAUUUUUAGCAGAACUUGCUCUAGAUUUUAAGAAGGGCGUUGGUGGAGGUGAGAACUUAAAACAUGUGCAUGAGAAGACGAAGGAUAAGAAAAAGAACAAGGAUAAUCGGAAAAACAAGGAUUCAAAGGUCAUUGGUUGUAGUGAGCUGAAUAUGCUUUGUGAUCAGACUUCUGAAGAGAUAUCACUUCCAAAUGCUCUUGAUGGAGACGAUCCAGAUGCCGAAAGUUCUGUAGCUGGGAAUGAUGAUGCUUUGAGACUACAGGAAGAGGAAUGCAGACUCAAUAUUGAACUAGAAGCUGAGGAAAGAAAGCUUGAAGAAACUCUGGAAUAUCAAAGACGUAUCGAAAAUGAAGCAAAACAGAAGCAUCUUGAGGAACAGCAUAAGACGAUAUCCAGAACAAUUCCUGAGAAGAUGGAGGCAGUUGCAAUACUUGAUACUGACUUGAUGCACAACUAUGAUGUCCAAUAUGCCAAUGAGCGAUGGACAAAUGGCAAGGAAACCUUAAUACAGAAGGGUGAAUUUACGAUGGACAAUGGAGGAAUUCCGAAAGAUGGUGGUUUACCUUCUGACCGAAGCUCACGAAGGAGAGGUAGACGGCAAAAGACUCCGACUAGAUUAAGUGAUGGAAAGUAUCAACCAGUCUCUUCAGAAAAGCAAAAUACUGAAGUUAGUCAACUAAGAUCUACCCACACGGUCCCUGAAGGAAGCUAUACUGGAACAAAGACAUUGAGACAGCUACAAGCGGAGGAUGAUGAUGAAGAGAGGUUCCAAGCUGACCUUAAGAAAGCUGUACGGCAAAGUCUUGACACGUUCCAUGCACAUCGAAAACUGCCUUUGACGUCAAAUUCACCAAUGCCACAAAAGAAGCUCCCAGAAAUCAGUUACACGGCUGUUUCAUCUAUUGAAGUCCUGAGUGAUGGUGUUAAUGGGACAGAUGGAUAUGGUACAGGGCUGAAAAAUGAAGUUGGUGAAUAUAAUUGCUUUCUCAAUGUCAUAAUACAGUCCUUGUGGCAUUUAAGACGUUUCCGAGAAGAAUUUUUGAGAUCUUCUUCGGAGCAUGUUCAUGUUGGUGAUCCUUGUGUCAUAUGUGCUUUGUAUGAUAUCUUCACGGCCCUUAGCAAGGCGUCCAUAGAUACACGUAGAGAAGCUGUUGCACCUACUUCUUUAAGAGUUGCUCUAAGCAAUUUGUAUCCUGAUAGCAAUUUCUUCCAGGAGGGUCAGAUGAAUGAUGCUUCAGAAGUGCUGGGGGUUGUAUUUGAUUGUCUGCAUCAAUCAUUUACUCCUGCACCUUCUGUGUCUGAUACUGAAUCGGUAGAUAGCAACUGUGUGGGCUCCUGGGAUUGCACAAAUGGUUCUUGUGUUGCACACACACUUUUCGGAAUGGACGUAUUAGAAAGAAUGAAUUGUUACAACUGUGGUUUGGAGUCCAGAUAUUUGAAGUACACAUCUUUCUUCCACAAUAUUAAUGCCAGUGCUCUCAGAACAAUGAAGGCUAUGUGCCCAGAAACCUCUUUCGACAAGCUCCUAAACCUUGUUGAAAUGAAUCACCAGUUAGCUUGUGAUCCAGAUGAUGGUGGCUGUGGGAAGCUAAACUAUAUUCACCAUAUUCUCUCAGCGCCGUCCCAUGUUUUCACUACAGUUCUGGGUUGGCAGAAUACUUGUGAGAGUGUCGAAGACAUAACAACAACAUUAGCGGCCUUGUCAACUGAGAUUGAUAUAAGUGUCCUUUAUCGCGGUCUUGAUCCAAAAAAUAAACAUUGCGUGGUUUCAGUGGUUUGCUAUUAUGGGCAGCACUAUCAUUGUUUUGCUUACAGUUACGAUCAUGAACAGUGGAUCAUGUAUGAUGACAAAACAGUAAAGGUAAUUGGUGGCUGGAAUGAUGUUCUUAUGAUGUGUGAAAAAGGACAUCUACAACCCCAAGUCCUCUUUUUUGAAGCAGUAAAUUAA